AUGGAGAAAAAGCCUUUUGAAAUAAAGUUGUUUUGUUUCUCUCAAAUUCUCAAUUACGGGCUGUUUUGCCUUUCACUCAAGCAUACUAUCAAACAGUUGGGGGGAGAUAUCUCUUUUCUCCUUUUCACUGAAUUUCAAGAUUAUGCUUCUCCCAGUUUCACUGGAUAUCUUCCUGACAGUAGUGACAAGAAGGACAUUGCUGUCCAGAUUUUUCCUCUUGCUUACACUAUACAUUUCAUACUUCGAAUCAAUAUUUUAUCUCAAAAAAGAGAAUGCCGAUUGUUUUAUCAAGCAUUUGGGAGUUGCUUAUCUCUGCAUUUUGAUAAGCAAAAUCAACAAGUUUCAAUGGAGAGAAUCAUUGAAACUGCUGACUGCAAGUCACUUCGGCUUUUCUUAUGGAACGAAAAGCCAGCGAGGAACCAGAUUUCACAGUCUGAAGGCUUAUGCUUGUUCAUAAUCAGAAGUACAUUCAUGAUGUUUCACCCUUGUGAAUGUGGUUGUUAUAAAUCUAAGUACAGCCGCUACACACUUGAGGAGAAGAAGUGUUCUACUGUCAUCCCUUUUGAUCUGUCAAAGCUACGGAACAGAGAAACGUCAUUGGGUUCCUUGCUUGUUUCUGCUACUCUUCAGUUUCUGCCGCAAACUAUCAAACAAUUGGGGGACGACAUCUCUUUUUGCCUUUUCACUGAGUUUCAAAAUUCUCAAGCUUUACUGCCACUGCCAAGGCGGACUUACGUAGUUGUCGUUGAAAUCUUCCAGACUCGCUGUGUCAAUUUUACUGAUAAAGUUGAUCUUGACACGUCCCCCAAUUUCACAGGGUAUCCUCCUGAUGCCCCAUUGUAUUGCCGGUUUGAGAAUGACGACAAGGAAGAGGAGGAGGUUGUCACUGUGCGCAAUGUGAGUGCUGCUGAUGAUAGGAAUGAUCCAUUUUGUAAAUACACUGAGGAUGUCCUUGAAUAUAUUGACAUGUUUAGGGAAUGUACGGGUGAAGGUGAGGGUUAUCCAAUGAAACCGCCCAUUGCGGUGGAUGUAGCCAGUGGAUUUGUCGAAGUCCCGCCAUGCUAUAGAUCUUGGUGUUCAAGUCCAGCUAUUAGCAUCAAAGAUCCAAUGAAUGAGACUUGCCCUGUUUGUCAAGAAGAGCUUAAAGACGAGAAUGAAGUGAUUACAACUUGUUGUUCGCACAUGAUUCAUACAAGCUGUCUCCUCCCAUGGCUAUCCAAGAACAACACUUGCCCAACUUGCCGAGCUGUCUAUCCUUUGCAUUAUUCACCCCUUUUGGACCAUCAGCAUUGUAAGCGCACACGUAACAUGUUGGAGGCUAGUGUUUGAAAUAUGUGUUCUUUAUCUUUUUUCAGCUUUUUCUUUUUUUUGGUAGUAGCAUAUAGUAGUGAAGGGAUUUUUCCUGUGCUAGAUAAUGUGUUGGCUAAUGUAAAUAUGAUAGUGAAGUAAAUUUUUUCAUGUGCUAGAAAGCAUUCAGAAUCUGUUGUUUUGUUUCUUUCAAAUUCUUAACUAGACAGUAGCGACAAGGUUUGCUCAGCAUAAUGAUAUAAGCA